CUGCUCAAGAGCCAGGAUAAUUGCUCGAAACCUGUUAAAAAGAAACGGCUCUGCAGGCGUGGAGGGAUAUUAGCCGUGGGACACUUUCUAAACUUUUGUACCUAUCAACAUGUUAAGGUCGCCACUAGGUACAACACUAUAUUAGAUGUUGUGUUAGCUACCCCUACCUCUCUUGUUGAUAGUAUUAGAGUCUUGGAACCUUUUUGUAAAAUUGAUCACAAUAUCAUUCAUGCUUCAUUAAAAUUAGACCGUUAUUCACCUCCCUCGAGAUUUUCUAGAAGUUACCGUCACUGUAAUUAUGAAAUCUUUAACUCUAUCCUCGCAGAAAUAAACUUUAAUUUUCUUAAUAGCAACAUUUUAUAUCUAAUAGACCAAUAUAUCUCUUUAAGAAAAACGAACCCACUUAGGUCGAUUCCCACUUUUCAAAAAUCCUUUAAGAAAAUUGUCAAGAAGCUUUAUAAUAAAUAUCAAUUAACCAAAUUGCCAAAUGACCUCUCUGCAUAUAAAGAAAGCUUAAAAAGUUUCCGUAGCGCCAUUCAUAAUUACUUUUUAAAUAAAGAAGAACAACUUUUAAAUAUUGAUAGAAAUUCUUUCUGGACCUAUAUCAAAAGAAAAUUUUCAAAUCCAUGUAAACAAUUAAUUCUGCAACAUAAUGAUAAUGUGAUCACCUCUGAUAUUGAUAUUGCAAAUGUAUUUAAUCAGCAUUUUUCUAGUGUGUUUACUAAGGAUAAUACUCAUAUUUCCUGUUUUAACAUUGAAAUAACACUACUGGAUGUUUGUGAUGCCUUAAAUAGACUUAAUCUUCCCCUAUUUUUAAUUUAUAAAGAUAUUAUGAAGUCUGGCCUUAAUCCCAAAAUUUGGAAAUUGUCCCAUAUAGUUCCCAUUCAUAAAAAAGGAAGCACCUAUGACGCUUCUAAUUACAGACCUAUUAGCUUAACAUGUGUUGGUAGCAAGGUACUUGAAAGGUUGAUUUGCAACAAAUUGCUUAUUUAUCUUGAUCAUGGCUUUUGUACAAAAAAAUCUACUUCUUCACAAAUAUUGGCAAAUCUCUCUGAUUGGUCAGCAUCAAUUGACAAUGGAAAAAUAGUAUCAGUUGUGUAUCUAGAUUUGGCUAAGGCUUUUGAUACUGUUUCCCAUAGCAAAUUAUUGGUCACUCUUAAUAGUUAUGGCAUAACAGGGGACCUCUAUAACUGGGUUUCAGAUUACAUAAAAGAUCGUUACCAGGCUGUAUAUGUUAACAACACUCUUUCUGACAUGAUACCUGCUAAAUCAAUCGUUCCCCAAGGCAAUUGUAUUGCGCCAUUGCUAUUUCUAUUAUAUAUAAAUGAUAUCACCACAGUGGUAAUAAAUUCUACUAUUUAUCUUUAUGCUAAUGAUUGUAAAAUUUAUUAUUCUCAUGGUAGAACGGAUAGCCUAUCUCCACUGCAGGAGGACCUCAACAGAAUAGCUGACUGGCUAUACGACAGGCAAAUUACCCUUUCCUUUCAAAAAUGUAGCGUUCUUCACAUCAACUCUAAAAGAUUCGAUCUUCCUAACCUUUUUAUAAAUGGUAAUUUAAUCAAUAGAGUCUCACACAUCUCCGAUCUUGGAAUAAUCAUGGAUGAAAAUCUCGAUUUCGAUCUUCAGAUCUGUAGAACCAUAGUAAAGAAAUCCUCAAGGAUACUAAAUUUUAUUUUUCGUUCGUUUAGAACAAAACUGAAAGUUUUCUUAUCAAAUUAUACAAAACAUUCGUUCGGUCUCUUCUUGAUUACAGUACUCCCCUAG